AUGUAUCGGUCGUUCAGGCCUCGCCUGAGAUAUCCUUCGCGACGCUUGUACUCGCAGAAGCCUGAGAAGAAAGACCCCGUUGACAUUCCCACCAACCUCUGGUACCACCGAUUGGGGCCGGUAACCCACUUCUUCGGCUGGUUUCACCGCAAGCAGCAGAAGAGACCUCUGACUGUCCAGCUAUGCACAUCUCUUGUCACGUAUCUCUGCGGUGACAUCCUCGCUCAGAAUGUGGGAGGGGAAGAGUACAGUGGCUCGAGGACCGUCCGGAUGCUCACGAUAGGCGCAAUAUCUUCAAUACCCGGCUACAAAUGGUUCAUGUUUCUGGGCAACAACUUCAACUAUGCGUCAAGGACUCUAUCGAUCUUCACGAAAGUAUGCGUCCAGCAGGCCGUCUUCACGCCCAUCUUCAACACCUACUUCUUCGGCAUGCAAGCCCUCCUCACAGGCGAAAGCCCCUCGGGAAUCAUUGAGCGCAUCAAGGCAGCAGUCCCUGUGAGUAUGCUCAGAUCUCUGCAGCUGUGGCCGGCCGUGACUGCCAUUUCAUUUGCCUACGUAAAGCCCGAGUACCGUUUCAUGUUCAGUGGCAUCUUCGCAGUCGGUUGGCAGGCAUAUCUUUCCUUCCUCAAUAGAAAAGAAGAGAAGCUAGAAAGGAUAGGAAACCACCCAGGCAGAGCUCUGGCUCAGUUCGAAGGCAAGAAGAAGUAA